GGUUAGAUUGAUAUGUCCGAAACUGUUGAAUGUCAUUUUUGCAAAAGCAAGUUUUCCGACCAUGCGGAAUAUUGGAAGCAUGUCUACGAGGAGGACUGUACCGCUCCACAUAAGGAGAUAAGUCUCUCUACUAGUGAUUACAACACAAAUAUUCAGAAAUCAAAUUAUGAUGUUUCCAGAAUACGUGACAACUUACAGGUUCCAAAUGGACACUCUAGUGAAAUCAAUUUUUACACUAGGUCAACAACAUAUAAUGGUAGUGAAAAGUCAGUUAAGGAAGAUAAAACUAACCGUGUUUAUUGUUCUAUAUGCGAAAUAUAUAUGAGACCACGUGAUGUAAUGAAUCACGAAAGCGGGAAGAAGCAUCUAAAGAGGGCAGGCGCUUUGAGUUUAAAUGCAUGUAGACCUGAUGCGUUUCAGUAUAUUGCAGAAAGCUAUUUGAAUACUAAUUACCCAACAAGUAAUCAUGUACAGUGCCUUAGUGAAUCCGGAGAAAGUAGCGUUUCCAAGUCUCAGAAUCUACCAAGAAAUGUAGUUCAGACGCAGAAAUGCGAUAUCGAUUCCGAAUAUAUUGAAGAUGAAGCUAUGCGUGAGUUGGUCGAAAAACGGUGCAAAGAUGUUUCAAAUGAAAUAACUGUCAAGUCAGUGUUACGUAGAAUGUGCAUGAUUGGAAUUUCAUCUCAGCUAACUGAGAUUAUUGGGGAUGGGGAUCAAAACAAUGACUUCCUUUCGCAAUUAAUGAUAAAAUGUCGAAAUGACUUAAAUGCUCUUUUACAUCAUGAAAUACCUAUUCCUUGGACCUGUCCAAAGUCGAAUUCACAGGCCAAUGGCACAUCAAAACAUAAGACUGAUCAUAGUCAUAAUAUGUCGUUUGAUCACCUCUUAUUAUGGAUUAAACAACUUCAUAUUUUGGAGAACGGUUAGAUUAACUCAGUGAUGUAUUUGUAUAGAUUUUAUAUCUGAGUUUUCAGAUAUAAUGAGUUAUAAAAAUGCAAGUGUUUAUUUAUUAAAA